GAUGAAAAUACACAUAUUUUUCUUGUUGGGGACCAAAGGACGUUUUUAAGACGCAGUAGGAAGGAGACGAUUCAAAUUUGUCACACAGUGUGACACCGAAACUCCAUGUCACACUUCAGAUGAUGUUUACCUGGGUGUGGUUGGCGUCCACACUGCAGGCCGUCAAGGUGUCUCCUCUCAUUGAGAAGAUAAGCGACCACAAAGACUUCAAGAAGCUUCUAAGGACCCGGACCAACGUCCUCGUACUCUACACCAAGUCAGGGAGUUCUGGGGACUCCCAGCUGAAGCUUCUGUCAGAUGUUUCCCAGGUGGUGAAGGGCCAGGGGACCAUUGCCUGGGUCAACUGUGGAGAUUCAGAAGGUCGCAAACUGUGUAAGAAGGUGAAGGUGGACCCCAGUUCAAAAAGCAGUGGAGCAGAACUCCUGCACUACAAGGAUGGAACCUUCCACAUAGAGUACAGUAGGCCCGCCACAUUUAAGUCCAUGGUGGCGUUCCUGAAAGAUCCCACAGGAGCCCCUCUGUGGGAGGAUAACCGCGAGGCGAAGGACGUCGUCCACGUAGAGAGUGAGAAGGACUUCCGGAAGCUUCUGAAGAGAGAAGAGAGGCCGGUCCUCAUGAUGUUCUACGCCCCCUGGUGCGGUGUAUGUAAGAGGAUGCAGCCCAUCUUCCAGCAAGCGGCCACAGAGACUAAGGGGAAAUAUGUGUUGGCAGGGAUGAAUGUGCACCCAGCAGAGUUUGACGGCCUCAAGCAGGAGUACGAUGUCAAGGGCUACCCGACCUUCUGCUACUUCCAGAAAGGGAAGUUCCUCCACCAUUAUGAGAACUACGGAGCCACGGCCAAGGACAUCAUCGACUGGAUAAAAAACCCCCAGCCCCCACAGCCUAAGGCCCCUGAGGUACCCUGGUCGGAGACAGAGUCCCCGGUGUUCCACCUGACAGACGACUCCUUCGAUGGCUUCCUGGAGGAGCAUCCCUCGGCCCUGGUCAUGUUCUACGCCCCCUGGUGUGGCCACUGCAAGAAGAUGAAGCCAGAGUAUGAUGAAGCCGCUGAGACUCUCAACAAAGACAAACACAGCCCUGGCGUUCUGGCGGCGGUGGAUACCACCAUCCACAAGGCGGUGGGAGAACGCUUCAAGAUCUCCGGCUUCCCCACCGUCAAGUACUUCCAGAAGGGGGAGGACACGUACACCCUGCCCCAUCUCCGCAACAAAGACAAGAUCAUCGAGUUCCUGCAAAACCCCCAGCCCCCACCUCCUCCAGAGCAGUCCUGGGAGGACACACCCUCCAGUGUCAGCCAUCUCGGAUUGGAAGACUUUAGAGAGGCUCUGAAGAAGAAAAAGCAUGCCCUGGUCAUGUUCUACGCUCCCUGGUGUCCCCACUGCAAGAACGCCGUCCCCCACUUCACCACAGCAGCCGACCUGUUCAAGGAGGACCGCAAGAUUGCAUAUGCAGCCGUGGACUGCACCAGAGGACAGAACCACGAGCUGUGUAAACAGGAGGGGGUAGAAGGAUACCCCACCUUCAACUACUACAACUAUGGCAAGUUUCCCGAAAGAUACAACGGAGACAGAGGGGAGGCGGGCUUUAUAGGCUUCAUGCGCAGCCUGAGGGGGCGGGACCAGGAGAAGGUUGGCAAGAAGAAGGAGGAGCUUUAAGGCUGACUUAGGUGGGGAGAGCCUGUCGUUGCACUGUGACCCCUGUCCGAGCGGGGGGCCUAUCAGCACUGACGUGGGAGACUUGAAAACCUCAGCGAAAGGCUAUUUUUGAUACUGCGCUGACCAUGUUUGUUAUACCAGCGGAGUAACCUACCGUCAGACCACUUCAGAUUUUUUUUUCAUUUUUUUUUUUUCAUUAGUACUU